AUGAACGGAGUGAACGGAGACUUUGACGGCGUCAUCCUGAAGAAGAAGCCGCAGUCCGAGGUGAGUGCCCGUGUCCUACCUCGAGUCUCAAAAUUGUAUCACAUGGCGGGAACACAGGCGUGACGGAAGAGGAGGAAGCGAAUGACGAUUGAAGAUGUUGAAGGACACCUGAAGAGUCUUGCCUCUCGACAACGCCGUUGAAGGACUCUGACGAAGGCACAAAAGCUAACUCGCAUGGAGAUGAAUUCUCAGGAUGUCGAGAAGGCUCUCCAAGCCUACGCCUCUAAGGACGGCAUGUCAGUCCAGGAACUCCUCGACCCAACCAAGAACGCAACGGGAGGUCUGACCUACAACGACUUCCUCCUGUUGCCUGGCUACAUUGGAUUCCCAGCGUCCAGCGUUGACCUCACCUCACGACUUACUCGCAAGAUCUCCCUCAAGACGCCAUUGACCUCUUCGCCCAUGGACACCGUCACCGAGCACAACAUGGCUAUCCACAUGGCAUUACUGGGAGGUGUCGGUGUCAUUCAUCACAACUGCUCGAUUGAGCAACAGGCAGAGAUGGUUAGAAAGGUUAAGAGAUUCGAGAACGGGUUCAUCACGGACCCAAUUGUCAUUUCGCCAGAGACCACUGUCGCCGAGGCCAUCGCGCUCAAGGACAAAUGGGGUUUCGGCGGAUUUCCAGUUACCGGUACGCAAUAUCACUUCCCCAAACUACUUCUACCCUAUUUGCAUGAUGUCAAUCUUUAUUUAACUUUCGUUCAACCGCUACGCUCUUGCGCCAUCGUGCCUCGAGUACUGUGGACAUAUCAACCCUCUGAUCCUCAAAAACACGAGUCUCCAUCCGUCAACGAUUAGAUGGUCAAGCGCAGUACUGACAUGCGAUUUGCAGAGAACGGAAACCUGCGAUCAAAGCUCCUCGGCAUUGUAACCCCGAGAGACACCCAAUUCCACUCCAACCACAGCUCCCCAGUAACCGAGAUCAUGUCGAAAGACCUGGUUACUGCUCGGGAAGGUAUCGAUUUGCAAGAGGCGAACAAUAUCUUGAGCAGAAGUAAGAAAGGCAAGCUUCCAAUCGUAGACGGACAAGGGAACUUGGUCUCUCUUCUUUCUCGAAAGGAUCUGCUGAAGAAUCUGAACUUCCCUUUGGCCACGAAGGUACCUGGUACGAAGCAGCUUCUCUCUGCAGCCGCCAUCGGAACACGAGAGAACGACAAGGAACGAUUGGCAGCCCUUGUCGACGCAGGUCUGGACGUUGUUAUACUGGACUCUUCUCAAGGCAACUCCAUUUACCAACUCCAGAUGGUGCGCUGGAUCAAGGAGAAGUUUCCUAACCUUCAAGUCAUUGGUGGUAAUGUCGUCACCCGAGACCAAGCCGCUUCUUUGAUCAAGGCUGGUGUUGACGGCCUACGUAUCGGUAUGGGCGCAGGAUCUGCAUGUAUCACACAGGAAGUCAUGGCUGUUGGACGGCCCCAGGCAACUUCCGUCUUCCGAGUGACAGAAUUUGCCAGCAAGUUUGGCGUCCCCUGCAUCGCUGAUGGAGGUAUUCAAAACGUCGGUCACAUCGUCAAGGCUCUCUCACUCGGUGCUAGCACUGUCAUGAUGGGCGGUCUUCUCGCCGCUACCACCGAGUCCCCCGGCGCUUACGUCGUCGGCCCUGACGGUCAACUUCGGAAGACCUAUCGAGGUAUGGGAUCCAUUGAUGCCAUGGAAGACAAGAAGGCCGGCGGCGCAGGCGACAAGACAAACAACACUGCUAAGAAUGCCGGUACUGCACGCUACUUCUCCGAGGGUGACAAGCUUCUCGUCGCUCAGGGCGUGUCUGGCAGCGUUCUGGACCGUGGGUCUGUCACGAAGUUCAUUCCGUAUCUCCUCGCUGGAGUACAGCAUUCACUACAAGACAUCGGCGUGGAGUCUCUUCAUAAGCUGCAUGAGGGUGUCAUCAGCGGUGAUGUGCGAUUUGAGUUCCGCACUGCCAGCGCGCAGGCAGAGGGCAACGUGCACGGCAUGAUUGGUGUGGAGAAGAAGCUGUACAGCUAA